CCCUGGGGGGAACUCGCCUCCGGCGCCGGCCUUGCGCAGCGGACGGGGGCCCUCUAGUGAGGAGCGGCCGGGGCUGCCCGGUGCGUUGCUCCGCUGCCCGCAGCGGCCCCGGCGCGGCCCUACCGGCCUUGCCCGGGCGGUUCCUGGCCCACCCGCGCCUGCUCGGUGCGGCGUGGCCAUGGCGGGGCUGGAGCCGCUGUACGCCUGGGCGCGGGCCGCUGUCUCCCGCCCGCAGGACGCGCUCAUCUGCGGCGUCCACUGGGAGCUGGUGCGGCACGGCUACCGCUGCCUCGGCGCCGGAGACCAGCCAAGUCCUGAUGAAAGGAAGUCAGAGCUGCUCCCCGCCGGCUGGGAAGCCAACAAAGAGGUGUAUACGCUGCGCUAUAAGUCCACGGAUGAUGCCCGUGAGCUGCUGCUGAAGGCCAUCAUGGUGGAAGACAGUAUGAUCCUCAAUGUCAUGGAUCGCAGUUCUCAGAAGGUGGCAGAUGUGACCUUGUCAGUGGCCGACUACAUCAACCCGGAGCACCUGGACGAUUUCCACAAAGUGUACAAGAACACUGAGGAGCUGAGGACAAGGAUUGCUUCAGGCAUCAUUGCUCCCCUCGGGGCCCCUGCAGAAAAAGCCAAAAAGGAGCCUGAGGCUGAGAAGAAGGAUCCAGACUCGUCCCGGGAUUCCAACCCUCUCCGGGUCCCUCCCCGGCAGCCGGCAGGCACGAGGGCACCAUCCUGGCCUUCUCCCGCGAGCCCCUUCGCUGUUGGUGGGGAAGACCUGGACCCUUUUGGAGGUCGAAGCGGGGGAAUGAUCGUGGAUCCUCUCCGAUCUGGCUUCCCGCAGCGUGGCAUUGACCCAUCAUCGGGCAUCCCCGGCCGCCUUCCCCCAGGAGCCGUUCCCCCAGGCGCCAGAUUCGACCCCUUUGGCCCAUUGGGAGCUGGCAGAGCUGGGCCAGAUCCCGACCACCUUCCCCCUCCAGGCUAUGAUGACAUGUUCAUGUGAGGAGUCACCACACGCUCCUCCUGGCUGCAGCCAGAGCAGGCUUCUGGGAAGCAGGAACGCUUUCACCUCUUCGCUCUCUGUUUGGUGGACUUCGAUCUUUUCAGCAGCGUUUUUCUUCCCCCUGACUCGGGGCCACCUUCCUGCAUCAGACCAGCUAUAAAGGUUUCACUGUGUGCAGAACAGAAGAGGGGGCAGUAGAUCCGUUUCUUUCCAUGCUCCUCUAAGGGUGCCUGGCUGUUUGGGAUGAGUCCUGCCACCCCAAGAACAGUCUGGGAGCUGUGGGGUUUCCUCCUCUGCUCUGGGGUGGCUCUGCCUUUGCUGCCGGGGCUGCGUCAGGGGCUGGUGCUGAGGAGGGAGCCGACUUCUCCCCACUGCCAUGCUGGGAGCUGCAGUCGACUGCUGGAGGCAGCAGCCAGAGCCGCUCCCUGUGCAGAGGUGGUUUCUCUCUUGCUCUUCAUCCAAGCGAAGGGUUGAUCAGCGUGAAGGAUGAGAAGGCUCAUCCCACGGGUCUCUAUGCGCAGAGCCCGGCAGGGCUGAGAGCAGCUUCCACAGGGCUCAGCCCACUGGCUCUAAAGAACACCGAGAGUAAAGCCUUAAUGUGCGUGAGAAGGGACAGAUAGCGAAUUCCUGGCCCCACCUUGCCCCCUCUUUCCCCUGCAGCUGUUGGUUUUUAUUCUGGGGGCAUGCAAAGCCCCACAGGCAGCAUCUUGAGGGCUGUGCUGGCACUGUGCAGGGCUGGGGCAGGAGGGAGGGUGCUCGGUACCUGCACAACCCGCCGACUCCAGCCUUGGCUCCAGCGUUGGCCCCAGCCUUGAAUCUCUGGGCACAGUGGAGCUGAGCCCAGCACCGAGCUGGGGCUGCUCAUGGGAGACUCGCUCGGCUGCGGGGUUCGCUUUGCAAAAGGGGUUUAUAGGAAUAUUGUUUCCCUGCCCAUCAGUCCUGCUGCACAAGGCUGGUGUGGCUCUGGCUGGCUGAGCUCUGCCUAACAGCUCGGGGAGGACACUCCCGAGCUUUGUGGAAACCUCCUCCCUUCCCCGCAGCCCCCCUGCCCCCUGUCAGUUUUGGGGCUGUAGAUCAUGUGUUCUGUUGGGGGUCGCUACUAUUUUUUUCUUCUCAUGGUUUGAUUUCUUGGAAGGAUGUUCAUGAGACUGAAAUAAAAACCUGACAGCAGCAUUGUGUCGGUGCUUGCUGGGGGUGCCGCCCUUGCUCCCCACCGUGAGAACGGAGGACCCAGAACUCUGCCCAGCCUGUGCCUGCCCUGGGAACCCGCUUUGUACCUUCCCCAGAGCAGCAGCACUUUUCUGAGAUGAUGUGACUGUAUUAAGAAAAUGAAGCGGAGAAGAGCCCGGCCUGGCUCCAGCUGUGCUCCUCGCGGUAAUUGGCUCUCCAGGGUAUUCAAUGCUGUUGAAACGCUACACACAGCCGUGCUGGCAUAAAUAAAACUGGGGGAAGCGAU